GGCAGUCGGCACGACAGUGCGAGCGAAGCGCAUCAGACAACACAACAGAGUUGGACAAGAGGAGAGGAAAACAGUGCACCAUCAGCCUGAAGAUUCAAGACUGUCCAAGUUUAGUUUAACCUGACUCGGACCGGUCUGAUUUGCAUCAUAUAAAGAGAGCUGGCACGCGGGGACGACGUGUGAAGAAUGGAUAAGCACAAAGCAGUGCUGGAGCAGCUGUUGGAGCAGCUUCAGAGGUUUCUGAAGAUCCUGGAUGGAGAGAAGCUGAGUGGAAAUGCCGAAGUACAGAAAGGCCUUCUGACAGAGCUGCUACAAUCUUACAAGUCUUUCACCGCAGGAGGAGAUGAAGAAUACAUUUACAUGAACAAGGUCCUAGUCCCAGAUCAAUACCCAAACAAAGAGCACAGACCAGAAGAAGCCAAUGGAGAUCUGGGAAGACACUUCGGCAUACCUGUAAAGAGCCCACCAGAGCCCCCUCCUCCCAGAUCAAGCAACAUCGGGAGAGAACCCUUUCCCCUUCCACCUGCUCCCGAUCCUGCGUCACUAGACACUGAAGGCUAUUAUGAAGAGGCUCAACCAUAUGACUCAACCGUCAAUGAAGAUAUAGAGGCGGUGAGCAGUUCAUAUGAGUCAUACGAUGAGGAGGAAAUUACGAAGGGCAAGUCCACAGCUCAACAUCAGUGGCCAUCCACAGAGGCGUCCAUUGAGCUAAUGAAGGAUGCUCGUAUCUGUGCCUUCCUCUGGAGAAAGAAGUGGCUGGGCCAGUGGGCCAAACAGCUGUGUGUCAUUCGUGAACAUCGUCUCCUGUGCUAUAAAAGCUCAAAGGAUCAGAUACCACUGCUGGAUAUUAGUCUGCUCGGCUGCAGCGUCGUCUACAAAGAGAAACAAACAAAGCGGAAAGAACACAAGUUGAAAAUCACUCCGUUUGGUGGAGAAGCCCUCGUCCUGGGACUGCAGAGUAAAGAUCAGGCUGAACAGUGGCUUAAGGUGAUUCAGGAAAUCAGUCCGAAAAAUACUGCAGGAUCUGAUGUAACCGAAUCCCCGACACUCAUGUGCACGAAGGGUGAGCAUAGCGAGAGAUACUCAGUGGCAUCCGAGAGUGGAAGCAGCACAGACAGUCACACCGAGACCCUGGAGAACAAAGAUGUUAAGAAGAAAUACGGCAAGUUUAGUAACCUUAUGAACAUUGGGAAAAAGAAAGUUUCCUCUUUGGAGAGCCCAGAGAAGACACUGGAUGCAUCAGGUUAUCUUAAUGUCCUGGUCAACGCACAGUGGAAAAGCCGGUGGUGCUCAGUUGAGAACAGGCAGCUUUGUAUCUACAAUGACAAAAACAAAAACAAAGUAUCCCAGCAGCCAGUGGCUCUCGAGGGGUGCACGGUCCUGCCGGACCCCAGCCCUGAACACUUAUAUUCAUUCCGCAUCCAGAUGGAUGGAGAGGAGCUCGCAACCCUAGAAGCUAAAUCCUCUGCUGAUAUGGGCCACUGGCUAGGGCUCAUACUUUCUCAGACAGGCACCAAAACAGACCCAGAAGACCUCACAUAUGACUAUGUGAACUCUGAGAGGAUAUCCAGUAUUGUCAAUGCAGCCAAAACAUCCAUGUAUCUGAUGAAUAGGAGAUACUCAGAGCCCAACACGUAUACAGACAGACCUCCAUCGGACCCUCAAACCUGUGAUGACAUAUACGAUGAUGUGGCAUCCAUAGACAAUGACAAUGAGGAGGAGAUUCAGGAGGAUCUGAACAGCAGCUUUGAGAUAACAGCGAAUGCCGAGCAGAACGAAAAGGACAGGAUUUAUCUGGAUCUGAUCCCGCUCCGCUCCUUCCUGCACAUGAGCCCGGGAGGAGUGUCACCACAGAUGGACUCCAGUCCAUCAGCUGUUUCACAGGAGGAGAAAGAGAUUGCAGUCAAAGAGACUGAAAAUGAAGUCUCAUUACCAAGCAGCACCAAGUCCCCCGAUUCUCAACCAGCAGAUCCUGCAGUAGCCGCCAACGCCUCCCCGAAAUUGAAAAAAAUCAGUUUCCUUAAUCAGGAAGCCCAGAAGAAGUCCUCUCCCUCCACGCUGCCAUCCCAUCCCAAAACAUCUCCAAAUACAACCCAGAGUCCACCCACAUCCAGAAGAAGAGCAGCCACCACGGACAAACUUCCUGACAAACUCAAGGUCUCCACAGCAGGUUUAGCAAGCCCAGGAUCAGUGGAGGUGAAGUUGGGAAAGAACAGGACAGAAGCCGAUGUCCGACGUUACACAGAUGACAGGGAUCGACUGGAGCGAGAGAGGGAGGAGGUUAAAAGCACACUCGCCGCAUUGAGGAAAGACAGACGGGAGGUGAAAGAGGAACUGAGCUCCUGCCAAGAUGCCACUCAGCAAGCCUUACUGGAGGCCCGUCUGAAGCAGAUGGAGGAGAAGUGUCGAGAGGCGGAGCAUCGGCGGGUGGAUGUGGAGUUAAAACUGAUGGAAGUAAAGGAAAAUUUGCGAAAAGUUGAAGCUGGACCCUUUACACUGGGCACGACGGUAGAAAGCAGUCUACCGGAAACUUUACCGGCGCCCAAGACGGCACCGGUUAUUUCCCCCUCUCCGAAUAUUCCCAUCAACAAUGGAGAUUCACCUGUCAACUCAGCCACAGCCCUGAAGAGUAGACCCAUGUCCGUCAUGGCACCCAGCAAAGGAAACGUUCUGCAGAAGGCCAAGGAAUGGGAGAAAAAGUCAACAACUUAAGAGGAUAAGAAUGGAGAAAGCGAAUAGACUUUUUAGCCAAAGCUCAAAUGACUGCUAAAGCAAAUGCUUCAAGCAAAGCGGGAGAGAGGGUGUGCCCAAUGACCUGCAGGCUCCGCCCCCUGAAGCCACACCCUUCUCUAACACCCUGCUUCUCUGCAAACAGAGACCGAGACGGUACUGGGUGCUUGCGGGCAGCUGAUCCGAAAAUUUUUAUUUGAUGCUGACAAUGUUUUUUGUCUCUGACCAUGUUACCCUUUCUAAUAAUGCCACUGGACAACCGCAGAUUUAAAAUCUAUUUCAGAUUAUUUUUAUGUAAGAAAAGGGAUUUUAUAAAAAAAAAAACAUUUUUGUGUAAUACAACGGUGGGCACAUUAUGUUUCACAAUAGACCAAAAAUGACCUUGAAAACCACUAUUUUUCACAGUAAAGACUUUAAAAUCUGCCAUUUUGGUACGUAUGGUACAUUGUAGCUCGAUUCAUGUAUGCUGAUAGCCAGGAUGUGAAUAUAUAUCUAUAUAUAUAACAUAUCCGUACAGUGUUUUUUUUGUACGCUAGCACUUUUAUUCAAAUAAAAGUUUCUACUGACAAUGCAA